UUAGACAGAAGUCCAGUGCGGCUGGUCUCUAUGGCUUCCUGUCCGAACACGCUUUUUGGGGGAGUCUAUAGGUAUUGAAACCUGUCUGUCUGAGAAGGAACAGCACACUCACUCACACAGACCAGAACAAGCCUGCCACAAGUCCAGACUGUGCUCUGCUGAAUAGACAAUUAGGAGCCCAUUCACAUCAAACAGCCACCUCGUUAGAGCACCAGCAUCUUCAGAGACGGGACACUUCAAAGCAUGGCGAGGUGUUGGGGUGCGCUAUUAACACCCCGGUUUUGAGGAGGGCCGUGAAUGGGGGAUCAGGGAUUAGUGGGGUGAGGGCGUGUGUUUAUAAAGACAGAGCAGACAGGCACACCGCAUCAUCACAGCAGAGUAACAAGUACCUCGAAACCGACUGGAUCUCACGUAAAGGAAUACAGCUGCAACUGAAAAUGGAUCUUCGAUUGGAUGCUUUGCACUACGGCAGUGGCGUGGAGAUGUUUCUUCAGCAGAACUGGGAAUUUCACACUUCAGCUCGGGACCAGCAGUCACAGCAAAACAAUGGCCAGCACGAUAGACUGAGAGGCGUGCAAGCGCCGAGCACACAGAGACGGAGGAAGCGCACCAUCUUCAGCCGAGGGCAGCUCUCCGACCUGGAGAAGGCUUUCACCCUGACGCAGUACCCCGACAUUAACACGAAGGAAGCGCUGGCGACCAUCACGGGGCUUCCCGAGUCUAAAAUCCAGGUCUGGUUCCAAAACCGACGUGCUCGGUACUUCAAGAGCAAGAAGCAGACAGCAGGGACUGGAGGGAAGGAAAGGAAGGUAACAGCACCCAAAUACUCAGCUGCUGAGCCUGAGCCAGCGUGUGCCCCGCCUCUGCCCCCCAGCCACCACUCCCCAACCCUGCCCGAGCCCACCUGGCUCACCCAGGGCUCCUACUGGGGGUCAGUGAGCCCAGGACAGUCCGUCCCGGGAUCUCCUCCCCAAAACGACCUGGCUGCUGGACCCGUACCCACACAGUUCAACUCGGACGUGCAGCCGGGCUUUUACGGCCAGUUCUGGGUUGAAAACAGCUUCUUCUUUCAGCCUGAGUCUAAAGUGGAGAGCCCAGAUCCAUCUUACUGGGACCGUGCCUUCAGCCAGUAUGUUGCAAGCCAGGACUAUUCAGGGGAGGUAGCAGGGUGCAGUGCCACCGUUGCAGCGCCACAGAGGAGCCAAACUGUGGUCUACGCCAGGGCAGAUCAGACAGUGCCCAUGCAGCAGAUGCACCAGCAGCAGCAGCAGGAAGAGAACUUCAUCCCGCCAACUACCAACUACCUCUCAGAAGUGUUCUACGAUGAUCUCAAUCUGAGCGACUUCGGCUUAUUUUAA